AGGUCGUAGCCCCCGCGGGCGCCCGGCCACUGGGCGUGGUUGCUGCUCCCGGUGCGGAAUGGAGGGGCCGGCCGUGGCAGUUUGCGAGAUUUUGAAAUAUUUAAUAAUUUACCAGAGGUGUGAAACAGCAGGAGUAUCAAAGGGAGCAUUGCUAGAAGGACAGCUAGUGAUUUCCAUAGAAGCAUUAAAUUCUAAGCACCAAGCAAAUACUCUUCACUGUGUAACAACUAUUGCUGCUGCAGGAAGCAUUUAUGGUGGUUUGGUCCUCAAGAAGCUCCUUAAAGAUAUGCAAUCUGUACUGCCUGGAUUCUUUGCGAACUUGAAUUGGACUUCAGAGGAGGCCGGCCAUUCUCAGGACACAUCAGGGCUAAGACCCUUCCAGAUGAUUUUUGAGGCUGAUGUAAAGCCCAGGACUUUGAUGACAGAUAGUCUGGUUAUAAAGAAUUUUUUACGCAAAAUCAUCACUGUGCUCCCCAAGAUUAGAUUUAAUUUCAGUGUAAAGGUAAAUGGAAUCCUCUCUGUGGAGAUCUUUGGGGCAGAGAGUGAACCUGCUUUGACCCUGUCGAAUGGACUUGCUCUUGUCGUAAACUGUCAACAUUACCUGAGUACACCAAAAUUUGACACAACUGAAUUACCCUGCAGCAGAAUCCAUCCUGUGCUGGGACAUCCAGUAAUGCUCUUCAUCCCUGAUGAUGUGGUGGGAAUGGGCUUGUUGGGGGAGCUGACGCUGACUCCAGCCGUGGCUCUGUGUCCUUGCCCAAAGGUCUUUUCCAACCAGCUGAACAGGAUCUCUUCCAUUUCCAUAUUUCUGUAUGGACCUUCAGGUCUGCCUCUGAUAUUUCCAAAUUCAGAGCAGCCAACUACUGCUGUCUUCAAAGACGCCUCUUAUUUCAUUGACUGGAAGAAAUACCGCUUGAGUAUGGUGCCCAAUUUGGAUCUCAGUUUAGACAGCGGUUCGGUGCUUCCAGAUGUGAGUUAUCAGGUGGAAUCCGGUGAGGGAGAUCAGUCUCAGAAUAUGGGCCCCCAGGGACAAACUGUGCUGCUUUUUCUCUUUGUGGAUUUCCACAGAGGAUUUCCAGGCCAGAAAACGGAACUUUGGGGAGUCCACACUUUGUUCUCAGCUCAUCUCCGGGCCAUCCUCAGGGAGAGCCACAGCGUGGUGCAAGGGUGCAUCCAGGCCGCUGUGGCCCGGGCCUUGGAGCAGCAUCGCCAGGCUGUCAAGGCUCAUCAGAAACUACAAGCCUCACUGUCAGUGGCUGUGGAGUCCAUCGUGAGUGUUAUGACUGGAAGCACAAACAGCAGCUUCCGAAAGACCUGCCUUCAGACGCUUCAGGCAGCUGACACACAGGAAUUUGGGACCAAGCUGCAUAAAUCAUUUCAGGAGGUCACCCAGCACCGAUUUCUUUACCACUGCUCACAUGAGGUGAAGCAGCUGCUCCCAGAGAGAAAUGAGGCAGAGCAGAACACGGACAAGGCACAUGAGAACGGCAGCCUGGAGCUCCUUGCAGGGACCGGCGAGCAAACAGAAAACAAGAGGCUCAAGAGAGGCAGCCUAGGCGUGGAGGAGACGCGGGCCUCCCGCUCUGCUGGGGCCCUGAGCCCGUCAGAGGCCGCCUCGCGCCGCGCCGAGCCCACCGCGGCCCCGCUGACCUUUAGCAGAAGCAGGACGGGCCCCGGGAGCGGCCUGGAGGACGCGGUAUGGCUGCAGGAAAUUUACAAUCUGUCCGAGUGGCUGAGUUCUGGGCCUGGGCCCUGAACCUGGCCCCCUUCCCGGCGCUUCCACACCCACCCAGC